CUAAUUCCCAAGCAGCCCCGGAUAUCAGACCAUUCCGCCGGGAGUGAGUAGGAGCAUAUAAGCCUGGAAGUGGCCGGCGCCAAUAACCACCGAUCCGUAACAUAUCUGAACAACACACCACCACCAACACCACAACUCACCCUUGUACCUGAACCUUUUCAAAUCACAACCCCAUCACAAUGUCAACAACAGCCCUAACCCUCGCCCUCCUGACCUCCCUGGGCGGCACAAUCGGCUACCUGCGCACGGGCUCGGUGCCCUCGAUCGCGGCGGGCCUGACCGUCGGGCUGCUGUAUCUGGUGAGCGGGCUGCGGCUGCGCGCGGCGCAGCCCUACGGCGCGGAGCUGGCGCUGCUGGCCUCGGUGGUCCUGUCGGGCAGCUCGAUCCCGCGCGCCAUCCGGACGGGCGGCAAGCCCGUGCCCACGGUGUUGAGCUUCGUGGCGGUCUAUGGGGUGUGGGUUUUUGGGGGGUUGGUCUUGAACCAGAAAUGAAUUAUUGGGGAGGGGGAAGGGGUGGGGGUUUGGAUUGGACCCGGUCUUGACUUGACGGUACCUUAUGGGUUUGGUACUGGGGUAUGGUUUGUCUACUGUACGGGGCGAGGGUAUACGGUUGCGUAUACGUAGCAAAAGCAACGAUGAUAAGUUUGGGGUACAUACUUCAACAAAAUCUACCGACUUGUACCGACUUCUACUGAUAGAUAUCUGAUAUUUCAAUAUUCAAGUGGCCUACCUUCUAGACGCAACUUACAUC